UCUCAUUUAUUAGCCGCACUCCGAGGCGUUCACAACGUUCAAAAAGCUGCGCGCUUAAGUUGAAACUCAAACAGAAACAGAAAAAACCGUUGCGUCGGCAAAGCAGUGCGAGGAAAACGCGAAAAAUUAACGCGAGAAAAAGUGAAUUUAAUCGUAGAAAAAUUAAAAUAAACGUGCGCUCAGCAUUACUCAUAAAUUAAUUUACACAAUUUAUGCAAGUAAACAUCUUCACUUGAAGGACACCCGGGCCAUAAAUUUCACAAUCAACUAAAUAUAGCUAAGGAAAAUCAGUAAUCAACUUGGCCAACAGGCAGCUGCCAUCACAGCCAUUUAAAAAUGUCGCCGCUGCUUCCAUUGGCUACUUUAAUCAUCUUGGCCAACUUGGUGGCAGCCCGACCCUACUCCUACGGUCCAAGGGCCGAUGCAAAUGGGCCGCCCACGAGAUUGGCCAACCGGAUUGUGGUGCAGUCGCCGUCGCUGGACAACUUGUACAUGGACUACGUGGUCACCUCCAAGCCGCUGAAUCUGCGCAAGUACAACAAGAACGGCAGUAAGACGAAAAAAACGAAAAAGGAUUCGAAAAUCUAUUACAUACCCGUACCCCCACUGCCAUUCCGUCACAUACCCGGCAUCGGUUUGGACUAUCAGCCGAUGAAAAUCAAUCCCAUUCUCCAGGGCACGGAGAAGACGACCACAACGUCGCCGACGACGACAACGACAUCUAGGCCCAAACUGGACCAUCGGAAUCCCAGUAACGUGUACCGGGUGGAGCACCGAAAGGACUACUACUUCAAUGGUCGGCCACACCGACUGCAGGUAGCACAUGCUGGUGCAAAAUCCGGACUGACGGCCCUCAACCUAAAGUCCAACUUCUACUAUAACAAAAACAUUAUUUAUUAGUACCCAUAGUUAGCAAAUAAUAAAAAAGAAA